AUGGAUAUCCCAGAGAAAUACAAACAUCUAUGGGAAUAUUGGGAUGUUCAUGCCUUCAUUUUGCUCAGCAUCUUCAUCCAAAUUGUCCUCUUUUUUCUUGGCCAUUUUAGAAAAACUUUUGCUUUGAGAUGGAUGCAAAUUGUCUUAUGGGGUAGCUACCUCAUUGCCGACUUGCUUGCCAACUUCGUUCUCUUCCACCUAUGCAAUGCCAUGGAUGAUUUCUCAUUCUCCAAUGCUAUUAUCGCAUUUUGGGGUCCCUUCCUCAUCCUCCACCUCGGUGGCCCCGACACUAUCACAACUUACUCCAUAGAAGACAAUGAGCUUUGGGCCCGCCAUCUUCUCGUCCUCGCCUUUGGGCUCAUCUUUACCUUUUAUGUCCUCUUUCGUUCCCUUCCAAACAUACGCUUACUUGCCCCCACCCUUUUGAUAUUUUUAGUUGCAAUCAUUAAAAAUUUAGAGCGCUCUUACUCACUUUACAAAGCUAGUGCUAAUGGCUUUCGCAACUCCAUUAGCUCCUCUUAUAGAAAACUAUCACUAGAAGAUUUGAACCCUUCGAAUCAAGCUUUUUAUUUAUACUCUACUUGUAGGCCUUUCUUCAUCAAUCUUAGUCCACACUUGGAGUUGUAUACUAAAACAAGAAAUUUGAUAAAUGAUAUGCCAACAAAGGAGAUUUGGAGGGCGAUGAGUAUGGUACUUGGUUAUGUUUAUGAUGAGUUUUACACCAAGGCAAUUAUAAAUCACUCUAUAGUUGGGUAUGGUCUUCGGGUUCUAUGCUCCAUUUGUAUUUUCUUGGCUUUUUGGCUUUUUCAUAUAGUGCCCAAGGAUGAUUUUGGCAAGUUUAAUGUGACCAUCACUUAUAUUCUUCUUCUGACAACUACGUGCCUCGAUAUCACGGCUACUAUUAUGCUUGUGUUCUUGAAUUGGAUGGUUUCUUCUCUACUCAGUUUUAAGAAAUUAAGAAAUUGGAGUGUGUUGCUUGCUAAUUGCAUUGUUAGAAUUCAAAUUGCAUGGCAUAAGAGAAGCCAUUGGUUGAUAAAGAUGCCACAGUUGAGUUUACUCAAUAAUUGUCUCAAUAUUUCUGCACCAAAUGGAGCUCUUCAUAAAAGUAUGAUGAAUUGGAUUGUAGAAAAGCUAGGCUUUGCGCAGGAGGCAAAGUUGUAUCCAGGAUGGAGAACUAUUAUAAAUGAAAGUUAUACAUUGCAGACGUUGCUGCCAGCACAUGCAAACGAGGAGAUUAUUAAGAUUAUUAUUUCAGAUGUAAAAAAUUGUUUAACAGUAAUCUGUUAUGAUCAGGUU